UAGCUGACACUGCCUUCUGACGUGUAAAUUGUAUUCGUAUUUAUUUCGGCAUUUCACAGGAUUUUUCACUUGCCGUUUCUUGAGGGAAAUCUCAUUCGCACAACAAUUCCACAAGACUUUUCAGAUUCCGCAGACCUCGGAUUUGUGACAAAUGCAUACCGCGCUAACGAGAGGAAAUGCUAUCCUAGCAUAUUCACUAAGUGUUUUGGCUUGUCUCACCUUUUGCUGCUUCGUAUCAACAGUCUUCUUGGACUAUCGCACAAAUGUUAAAAUUAACACAGUCAAGGUUUUGGUGAAAAACGUCCCAAACUUUAGUGCCGCUCGCGAAAUGAACGAUCUCGGCUUCAUCACGUUCGACCUGAAGACAGAUCUCACGGGAUUGUUCAACUGGAACGUCAAGCAGUUGUUCUUGUACUUAACGGCGGAAUACGAGUCGGAAUCGAAUGUCCUGAAUCAGGUUGUGUUGUGGGAUAAAAUUAUCUUGCGUGGCGAAAAUGCCGUCUUGGACUUUAAGAACAUGAAUGCCAAGUACUAUUUCUGGGACGACGGAGCGAAUUUGAAGGGACAUAAAAACGUUACUUUAACAUUGUCAUGGAACAUCAUUCCAAAUGCCGGUCUGCUUCCAAGCAUAUUCGGUCUUGGCGAACAUUCAUUCAAAUUCCCGGAACAAUACACAAUGAACCCAAUUCAAUAAAAAAAAAACGGAAAAAUGGACAGUCACUCGAUCAGUUUAAUAAAAGUUUCUAUUUUAUGAUCUAA